GGCAGCGCCUGCCAACAUCGUAAAAUAACUUUAAAAAGUCCCUCCUGACAAUGAAUUAGUUGCGUAGAAGACGAAAAAACAAACAAACAAGAAGCAACAGUCUUUAUGUAUAAUAUAUAUAUAAUAUAAUAUAUAAUAUACAGUCACAGCCACUGUAUAUUAAUUAUCCAAUAUGAAGCGCUCUAACCGGACCGGUAAAGCAGGAGUGUAAAAAUCAAGGCCUGUGCUGUUUUUCUUAUUGCUGUACCGUGCCGUCCGCUCGGGCAGAGCCUGUCAACCGGGCGGGUUGUUGUCAGGAGACUGUCUUCACACAGACACCCCUCGGAGUCGUCGCUCGCUUCCCCUCAUACAGGCAGCGUACAGCAGGGACGCUGAGCUAACCGCUUCAGAAGGAUGUCGAUACAUGGCUCCGGUUUUUUACCGAACUUUAACAUCUGACCUGCAGCAGAGAACCAAGACACCUGCUGUAAUGGCGCUCGUAACAAAAGUGUCGCUGCCAGAGGUCUUUUAUCUUUAACUUUUAAAAUAUAUAUUUAUGACCAAAACCAAAACAAACGCCAUUUCGCUGUACAGCACAUUUCCCAUAACAGGUUUACUGGAGAUGAUGGAGUUUCUUUUUAAAGAGACUUUAUUAACUGACGUGAGGGCUCUGGACUCGCUCCUCACGGAUACUGGCCCGGGGGCCCAGUCUGUGGGACUUGUGUCUCCGGGGAGGCGAGCGCCCCGUCAGUCCUCCGAGAGCCUUCCACUCGUGUUGACCCACUCGCUCUCCCUUGACCCCCCACGGAUCACUCCUGCCAGCGAGACCCCCGCGUUCGGCUCGCGGACUGAACCCCCUCGAACUCGCGCGCCUGUUUCUGCAACCUGUCACUGAGGGUUAAAUAUUAUUAUUAUUACUAAUGAUAAUAAACAUCUGAAAUCCCCCAUGCUUGUUUCUGUGAACCUUUGAGUGAAGUAACCAGUAGCAGCUCUCUACAUAUUUUUCAAUUCCGCUUCACAAGGUGUUUUUUUUUUUACUUUAUCUGUUGGAUAUUAGUAUUAAGCAGUUCUUUGCCGUCAGCAUGAUUUUGGAGACAUUUAUUUCAUUUUAUACAAAAAUAACGAAAAGGGAAGCUCACCCGGUGAUUCUUCGUGAGCUCGGAUGUGUGAGAGGGUCCCUACCCUCUCUGUCCAGCGGCCCGUGAAUGAGGUCAAGGGUGAACGUUUACGGAGGAGGUCUUUCAGUCAACUUUGCACUUUUGAGGUUCCUGGGAGCCCAAUGAUCUGGGGAUGACCCCCUCUUCUUGGGGGGGGGGGGGGGGUAUUGCAGGGAAUCGGCUUCAGCAGCGCGGUGGGGCGUCUUGUUGCAGACCCCCGCGCCUCUUGGUGUAAAGUAGUGCCUCAUGGGUUUUAUCCUCCUGCGUCCUCCGCCCGGGCUCGUUUCCGCCGACGCGGCGUGCUUUCGCGGCGAACACCCUGCCUGAAAGAUCUGCACGCCCCAAACCCACCUUUCUUUCGUGAUUAUUUCUGCUGCGACACUGGUCCCAGACCCCAGCGCUUUCCAGAGACGCGCCCCAGUCCCGCGUGUGUUACGUCUCGCCCUCACACUGACGAAAAGCCGACGCGUCGCCUUCGCUUUCCCCACCUCGCUCGCUAGCUGUGACUGUCGGGGGGGUUCCGUGUCCCGCCUCGCCCCCCCCUCCCCCGAAACCCCGGACUUCGCCCCACGCGCUACAGCUCUCGUUGCAACGUUUUUUAUUUGGGUGUUCUCUUAUUUGAAUGUCAAAGUGUGUUGGGAAAAAAAAACAACUAAAAUAAAAUUCAACGAGUGUGUCUGGUGUCUCUUGUUUUAAUGUGUACCGGUUACGUCCACGCAUGACAGUACCGUUUAAAGUAAUGCGAGGAUCACCUUCAGCCAUAGCGCCUGUUGCCUUGCUUUGGUAAGUAGUGUAUUGAGCACCGAUGCAUUUAGCGCCUCUAGUUCGUUAGGAAGUUCCUACACUGCUGAACCUCACGCGGAGCUCAGGGCGCUGGAGCGCAGCACUUCAUUGCAUUUUAAGAGAGAAUCGAGCGGGACGAGAGGGGGAAUCGCAGAGGCAAACUGGGAAUGCGUGUCUGUGCGUGGGGUCGGGUGGGGUGUCGGGGGUGAACAACAACAGACGACCCGUGGACGUCCUCACGAUGUAAAUGUCUUUUUUUUAAAAAAACACCAAAACAACAACAAAUAUCUUCUUUUCCCAUAACGCAAUGCCAAAACCACUCGUCGUGUUGGGUCAGUUUGGGGGCACUGAUAGGAGAGUCAACGUCCCCACGGACACGGGAGCGGGCAGAACAGUUCCCUGCACGCGAUGUCACCCGCGGAGCACAGAGCGGCGUCUGCUAGAUGACACGUGCCCUCGCGUGGGAGUGGACGGUGGAUAAACACAAUUUGGACUCUUUACAACCCACUUGAGGGUGGCGCUAUGGAGGAGUUUUCUGCUGGCUGCUUGUGAAGUCUUCCCUCUAAAGCUGCCACCCCCUCGAUGGUGCGUGUGUGUCCAUUCUGGGACCUUCGCGGAGGUAGGAGUAAUUGCAGUCCGGAGCUGCGGAACCGCCUUGCGCGUCCCCGUCCCGUCCCGUCCCGUCCCGCAGAGCCCAGAGAAGCAGAGGCAGGCGGCGCGGUGCGGCGCGCCCGCUGGAGCUAUGUGACAUCUGCGGAGGAGACGGCGUCGUUUGCGGAGCUCGGAUCCCCGUCAGCGAUGAACCCGCAGAAAGAGCUGAGCCAGCUGAUCUCGGACCUGCAGUCCUUCCUGCUGGUGCUGGACCGCGAGAAUCUCAGCUACAUCGCUCAGGCCAAGAAGAAGUCCAUUUCGGACCUGCUCUCCAGGAUGCAGGACACGCCGGUGGAGGAUGCGGAGUACAUGGUCAUGAACUGCCCUACAGGAGCUGCGAGGGCUGAGCUCCAGGAAACAGGAGAGAGUGGGCAGUGCCAGGCGCCCUCCUCGUCCUCGUCCCUGACGCAGUGGCCUCUGAAGUGGAGCGACGUAGCCGCCCUGCCCUCUGACCCCCCCGAUGAUCCGGACGACGGGUGCUACGAAGAGGCCGAGCCCUUUUUCCCGAGCGGUCCGCCUACAGAGGGUGUGGACUCAGACAGCAGCCAUUACGAGUCGUACGGGGAGGAGGAGGAGGAGGAGGAGGAAGAGGACUCUGUGAAGGACCGCGCCCACUACAUCCAGUGGCGCUCCUCCCAGCCCUGCCUGCGCCCCGCCCCCGAGUCCCGAAUCUGCGGCUACCUGUGGCGCAAGAGGUGGCUUGGCCAGUGGACCAGACAGCUCUUCGUCAUCCGGAACCACCUGCUCCUGUGCUACAAGUGUGCCAAGGACCUGCAGCCCCUGCUGGAGCUGUGCCUGCAAGGCUGCCACGCCGUCUACAAGUCCAAGCUCAACAAGAAGAUCCAGCACGAGCUGAAGGUGGUGACCAGCGUGGAGACCGUGGUCCUUGGCUUCCCCAGCCGGCAGCAGGCGGAGGAGUGGAGGAAGAUCAUCGAAGAAGUGAGCGGCUCGUCCUACGGUGAGAGAGAAUCCCACAGCUCGUCCUCCCUACUCAGAUCUGACAGGCUGGACUCCUGCUGGUCAAGCGAGGUUCUCCACACAGACUCCGAGGAGGAGAAGCUCUCUGGCGCCCCCUCGGCUCACAGCUGCCUGGAACUGAAGGACAAGGGGUUCCUCAACGUGCUGAUGAACUGCCAGUGGCAGAGCCUGUGGUGUCACGUGCAGGACGGGGCCCUGAAGAUGUACCGGGACGAGGCGUGCGAGGACAGUCCCCAGUACUGCGUCCAGCUGCUCGGCAGCGAGGUGCGGCCGGGGCCGGACACCCAGGCUCAGGGCAGGCCGCCGUCUGAGCAGGGCUCUGCGCGCCCCCGCUCACCUGAUCUGCUUUACUUCCCCAGGGGUCUCCUGGAUCGCAGGUUCCCGGCCCCCAACACGUACAUCGACGACCCCUUCCGCCAGCUGCGCGGGGCUGGGCACACCCACCCAGUGUACGCCAACGCUGACGCCCUGGCACACACGGUCCAGGACUCUCAGAAUGCCUCCCAGGGAGAUGUGGUGCCCACCAAAGAUAUGAGCACCUACAGCAACAGUGAGCUGUUCGCCUGCCACAUCAGGAAGAGCCGGAAGGCGGCGGCGGAGCUGGAACAGGAAAUCCAGAGGCUGGAGCUGGCCAGCAGGACCCGGGCGCAGCUGAAGGCGGGCUCGGAGAUGAACCUGCUGGGCGUGGGCAAGGCCGCCAAGCGCACGCCCUUCCGGCAGUCACUGGCGCUUGGAGGAGACUCCCCGGCGUCGCAGGGCGGCUUCUUCACCCCUCUGCUGAGACGCACCGCCUCUGCAAAAAACACCCUGAGGCGCGUGCCCUCCGCCUUCUUCCUGGAGAAGGGCAAGGCUCUCCACAAGCGGAAGGAAUGGGAGACAAAGGCGUCCGUUUAAAACUGGGUCUGCUGGCUCACCUCUACCUUACACACGUUGGCCUUAAUUGUAUGAGUAUAUAUUGCACUGAAUAUAGUAUUACUGUGCAUGUGGACCAUGCACUUAUUUCUGGGGCUCUUUUGUACUUUUUAUAUUAAUUAAAACCACUUAACUUUAUAUUUGGGGUUUCCCUAACUCUGGAAUGAAAAGGGCAAUAGCUGUCCUUUAUGAUGGCUGGCACUGUUCCUUGCUGUGUAAUGUACAUCAGCUCAAACUGAAAAUCUGUACUUCAGGAUCUGACAUCAUUAAAAAUGGCUAACACCCUU